GAGGCUACAGCUUGCCAUGUGACUGGAGACCUGGUAGAACUUCUGUCUAUUUUCCUUUCGGUUCUGAAGUCAACACGGCCAUAUCUUCAAAGAAAAGAUGUGAAGCAAGCUCUCAUUCAGUGGCAGGAGCGAAUUGAAUUUGCCCAUAAGCUCUUAACUCUGCUAAAUUCCUACAGUCCUCCAGAACUUAGAAACGCUUGCAUUGAUGUCCUCAAGGAGCUUGUACUUUUAAGUCCUCAUGAUUUCCUACAUACUCUGGUUCCAUUUCUACAGCACAAUCAUUGUACAUACCACCACAGUAAUAUCCCAAUGUCUCUUGGACCUUAUUUUCCGUGUCGUGAAAAUUUGAAAUUGAUAGGGGGGAAAAGCAACAUUCGUCCCCCACGUCCUGAACUUAAUAUGUGCCUCUUGCCUACAAUGGUGGAAGCCAGCAAGGGCAAAGAUGAUGUUUACGAUCGUAUGCUGCUAGACUACUUCUUUUCUUACCAUCAGUUCAUCCAUCUACUAUGUCGAGUUGCAAUCAACUGUGAAAAGUUUACUGAAACUUUAGUUAAAAUGAGUGUCCUAGUUGCAUAUGAAGGUUUGCCACUUCAUCUUGCGCUAUUCCCCAAACUUUGGACUGAGCUUUGUCAGACUCAGUCCACAAUGUCAAAGAACUGUGUAAAGCUCCUCUGUGAAGAUCCAGUUUUUGCAGAAUAUAUCAAAUGUAUUCUGAUGGAUGAAAGGACCUUUCUUAACAACAACAUUGUAUACACCUUUCUGACCCAUUUUCUUCUGAAGGUCCAAGGGCAGGUGUUUUCUGAAGCAAACUGUGCCACCUUAAUCAAUACUCUAAUUACAAAUCUAAUAAAUCAAUAUCAAAGCCUAGAAUCUGACUUCAGCAACCAGAGGGUUGAAAUUUCCAAAGCAAGCUCUACUUUAAAUGGGGACCUCCGCGCACUUGCCUUGCUGCUUUCAGUGCACACUCCCAAACAGCUCAAUUCAGCCCUGAUUCCGACUUUACAAGAGCUUUUAAACAAAUGUAGAACUUGUCAACAACAGAGGAACUCAUUACAAGAGCAAGAAGCCAAAGAAAGAAAAACUAAAGACGAUGAAGGAGCUACUCCUGUAAAGAGAAGACGGGUCAGCAGUGAUGAGGAGCACACUGUCGAUAGCUGUCUCGGUGAUAUAAAAACUGAACCCCGGGAGGCGUUGACCCCAACGAGCACUUCAGAUAACGAGACACGGGACUCUUCGAUCAUUGAUCCAGGCACUGAGCAAGAUCCUCCUUCCCCUGAGAACAGUUCUGUCAAAGAGUACAGAAUGGAAGUCCCAUCUUCAUUUUCAGAAGACAUAAUGUUAGCGACGCGGUCACAGCACACGGAAGAGCAGUCAGGAAAUGGUAAAUUUGAAGAAUGCAAAGAAUUUAAAGACCUGCAGCCUUCCAAGGAUUCCAUUGGAGCCGAGGAGGACUCAGAGUUUCCUUUCACAUCGAUUUCGGCAGUUUUAUCUGACCUCGCAGAUUUGCGAAGCUGCGAUGGCCAAGCCUUACCACCCCAGGACCCUGAAACGAGUUUAGCAAUCAGUUGUGGCCAUUCCAGAGGACUUUUUAGUCACAUGCAGCAGCAUGACAUUUUAGACAUCCUGUGUAGGACCAUUGAGUCUACGAUUCAUGUGGUCACAAGGAUAUCUGGAAAAGGAAACCAAGCUGCUUCUUGA